GGAUGCUUUUACGAACCUUUCCGGGAGCUCUUGCUCGGUGGUGUGUCCGUGGGAGGAAGUACUGCGGUUCCACCAGGUUUUUCCGAGAUUUACGAAAUUAAAUACGAAUUACGAGUUAAUCGACAGGCGUAUUAAUGUUCUCUCGUAACUCUUAAGCAGUUACGAUUGAACAAACGAAUGUUCUUUUUCGAUAUUUUUAACGGGGAAUCGGUCGCGAGAGAAUCCGACAGGCACUGGUCACAACACGAACGAAGCUUCAACUUUCAUCGAUCGAUUUGACUGAUUUUUGAGAUCCAGUCACCGAAAACUUCCAUCAUUCCGUCAAAAACCGAGUGCCGACCCGCAGGGUGGCGAUCAUUUGAUAAGGGUUCUAUCUGCAAUAGACUGGUAGGCCAGUCUAUUGGUGGGUGCGUAGAUAACUGCGGCAACUGGAAGUUGGCCCUGAACGCAGAGCCCCCGUGGCUUUGCUAGCACCCCCAUAGUGAUUUUGUCUUAACCCGCCUCCUCACGACUCACCCAAUUCUCAUUGACAGCUGCCUCUUUGCUGCCUAGCGCCUACAGAGUAUCUUUCAAAAACUUAAAAACAAUAAAAUAAAUAAUAUGAAGGUAACAAAUCUGGACGAACGUAUUCAUGUCUUGGACAGUGCGUCAAAUGUUACGACCGUCAUCAAAGAUAUUGCAUUGAGUGGAUUGCAAGAAGAAGCUUUUUAUGUGCUUGAUAUUGGAGAUGUCGUACGUAAACAUCAAAUAUGGAAGGAAAAAAUGCCACGCGUCAGUCCUUAUUACGCUGUAAAAUGUAAUGAUAAUUUAAUUGUAAUUGAAGUAUUGGCUGCUCUUGGUAUUGGUUUCGAUUGUGCAUCCAAAUCUGAGAUUAACAAAGUACUAAGUGUUGGAGUAGACCCGUCAAGAAUUAUCUUCGCCAAUCCAGCUAAACCGGCGUCACACAUCCGUCAUUCUGCUGUUGUUGGUGUCGAUGUUAUGACAGCAGAUAAUGAAAGCGAAUUACAUAAGAUUAAAAAACUUCAUCCAACUGCUAAGGUUGUUAUUAGAAUUCGUUGUGAUGCUGAAGUUGCUCAGUGUCAAUUAGGUAUGAAAUUUGGUUGUGAUCCUAUAUUCGAAGCACCAAAUCUUUUGCGUCUUUCACGUGUAUUAGGACUCAAUGUCAUUGGUAUUAGUUUUCAUGUUGGAUCUGGUUGUCAAGAUCCACCAGUAUUUUAUCGAGCUAUACGUCAUUCUAAGAUAUUAUUUGAUUUAGCAACAGAUCUUGGUUUUAAACCAUAUUUGUUAGAUAUUGGAGGUGGUUAUCCUGGAAAUAAAGGUUCUAGUAUUGAUAGAAUUGCUGAUGUUGUUAAUGAAGCACUUGAUGAAUAUUUUAAUACUGAUGCUGUUCAUGUAAUUGCUGAACCUGGCCGUUUUUAUGUUGCCUCAGCAUUUACACUUGCAACCAGCAUUCAUAGCAAACGUUCAGUACGUGGUGAUGAAAAUUCACCAAAUACAGUUACGCACAAUAUGUAUUAUAUUAAUGAUGGUGUUUAUGGCUCUUUCAAUUGUUUACUUUAUGAUCAUCAACAUGUAAUUCCAAUACCUCUAAAGAAAGGUUGUGGAAAGAUGAUUCCCUCAAGUAUUUGGGGACCAACCUGUGAUGGUUUGGAUCAAGUUGUUGAAAAUGUUCUAUUACACGAAAUGGAUCUUGGUGAUUGGAUAAUUUUUGAAAACAUGGGAGCAUAUACAUUACCAGUUGCUUCUCCAUUCAAUGGAUUCCCUGUACCAAAAGUUCAUAUUGUUGCUGACGAAAAUAUUUGGCAUUUAUUAAAAGAUGCUUUGCCUUUGACUGAAGAACAUUUUGUUAUUGGCAAUACUCCAGCUAAUUUACGACUUGGUUUGGAUAUCGGUGGAACUGACACCAAUGCAUGGCAUAAUUCAAAUAUUGAAUUGACAUCGACUCAAAUUUUAGCUGAUGUUACUAAUCCACCAUCAUCAUACUUUUAUGAUUAUCUUGAAGUUGAUCUUUAAUGCAUACAUAUUAUAAUAACAACAAACUUGUUGAAACAAUUAUUCGACAUUUCUAAUGAGAAACCACAUUUUCAUUUCUCAUAUAGAAUCUUAUGGCAUAACUUGAGAAAUAACUAUUUUUUUUAAGUUUUUGUGUUGAGGUUAUGUAUUUUAUAAUAUUUAUCUUGAUUAGUUUAAAAACCACAAAACGUAAUAUAUACGCUUUUAUUCCAUUUAAAAGUUGCAACAUUACUAAUAUUUGAUGCCAUAAUUAAAAAAAAUUUUUUUUUUUUUCAUAAAAAGAUUAGGAACGUGCAAAUUAUUUCAAUUACAAGAUGAUACAUGAAAUUGCUAUUAAAAAAUAUUAUAUAUAAAUUAAAUUAAAUCAAAUUUUUAAAUUACCGUUGAAAAAUAUCUAUAGUACCAUAUUGCAUGAUAAAUUAAAAUAUUUGUAUAUGCUUUUAGAACUAUAUAUUGACUUUUGUGAUAAUUAAAGAAAUGUUUAUUGAUUUUUGAUAUGAGUAAUUUGCACGUUUAAUAGACGAAAGUUUGUCAUUUUUAUAUAAAUUAUGAGUUAGUAGAAGAUUUACUUAGUAAAAAUGAUAAAUAUAAUUUUCAUAACUAUUUUUAUGAACAAUUUUAUAUUUAUGGUUUUAUGUGGUUCUUUAAUUUUAAACAUAAAUAUUACUUACAUAAUUUAUAUGAAAUAUUUAAAAAAACAAAAGUAGUGGUUUUGUGUAAGGACUUAAAUGUUGAGACAUUUAUAUAUAUAUGUAAUUUAUAUAUAUAUAUAAUUAUAUAAUUAUAUAUUAUAUAAUUUAUAUAUAUAUAUGUAUUUAAAUAGUUUAUACAUAUAUAUAUAAACUAUUUAAAUUAUCAUUAUUAUUUAAUUAUUAAUGAUUAACAACAAGAAAAUAUAAAAAAAGAAAAAAAGUGAGGGAAAUGUAACUAAUAGCAUUGAAGGUGACGUAUGUGUCCAACAUAUGUAUAAUAAUGAUAUAAGCACAAAUAUUUUAUUCUCUUGAUUUCAUUCAUUUCAAACGUGAAAUUAAUAAACUCUGUAGGAUUGCUAGGAUCUUUAGGCAUUGAGGCAGCUGUCACAGGAAGAAAAGAUAAUUAGUUUCUUAAUUAAUUAUUACUCCUAUUGUAUUAUAUAUGUCAACUAUUAUUAUUGUUAAUUAAUUAUUAUUAACAAAUGAAUACAUGUAAUAAAAUAUAUAAAAUCAAAUUAAAGAA